AUGUCCCAAGCCGAUGUUCCCUCUGCGACAUUAUACCGGGAGGCUGUGGCCUUGGCUAUCGGAACGAUAGUAUACACUACCGGGAGCGCGGCGGCAGCUGUCUUUACACAUAUACUGUAUAGGUUGAACGGGAAGCAGGUUGUUUGUUUGUCUCCCCUCCCCUUCCCCCUCCAUCCUUCCUCUCUACGGGACUAAUACGGGAUAGACGUAUCACUCCUCUCCCUCUCAAUAUUCCUCCAACAGAUCUUCACAAUAGCACACGAGAUUGUGAAUCUUGUGUUAUGGCCCACCUUGCAGAUGCAGGAAUACAAGGCCAAUCUGAGGGACUGGAGGAAUCCGAAUGCCAAUAUAGCGUACGACACUUCGCCGAAUGUUCUGGUCAAGGUUCUUUUCGCCAUUCGUGAUUACCCCCUGCUUCGCGCCCUGGAGGAAGGGUGGCUGACCUGUGGGGAAUGUCUUUAUAGGAUCCUACUUCUUCAACGUCGAGAGCUUACUGUUCUUCUUCUGGAGUCUGAUGCUCUUCGUCUCCGUCUGGGAGAUACAAAGCCGAAUGCUGAAGUGUGAUCGGUUCAUCGCGGGGUCGAAAUGGAUAUCCUUCCUACUCCCGGCCGUGCAGGCUAUUCUCUCAAACUUACCUCAGGUGAGGAAUAUUACAAUAUUACGUGUUGUCCUGUGUAAUUACACGGGUAUGCCUCCCCCCCCUCUAGUCAUCGCCACUCCCCGCAGUGCUGACACAUGAUAUCAGUUGUCACAACCUGCACCUUGGGCUCCAUAUUCCUCCUUCUAAUCCUCGCGCGCUGCAUGCAUGUAAUGUGGAACGCAAGCUGGACUCACAAGGUACAACAGUGGCGACCCUACGACCACAGCCACCACCCAUCCCCUUCUCAACCACGCCCGAAGACUGCCCACUCGACGACCUCCUCAACAAGCACCGCGACAACCAGUGACAACGAAGACCGCUUUAUCCUAGUCCGCUUCGUCGCGGGAUUCCUCGUGAUCGGCAGCAUGCAAACUGCAUUCCUGCUCGCGCAGUACUACUACGCUAAGGAUAUGAUAAAGCGCAGGUCCCCCUUCGCUGAGGAGCCACACUUGGGUAUGACAGCGAAGCAGCAGUUGGUGGACUGGGCUUACUUCCUCGCCUCCGGCUCGACCGGGUACCUCAUUCUCAUCGCGUUCGGUACCACCCGCGAGUCCAGGAGACAGGUGCGCCGCAUCGCUGCAAAGAUUAGAACCUUCUUGUGUGGCCGCAGGGAGAAGGAUGAGGAGUGGGUAUCGUUUAGGGCGGGCUCGGAGAGUCCUGGCGGUGAUGGUGGGUUCGCGGGUAACGGGAGUGGGGGGGGGGGGAUGAUAGUGAUAGUGACGGUGGUGAUUCGUAUGGGAGCGAUGGGGGGGGAGAGGAGGAGAGCUCUACCGCCGAGGCCCAUGACCUUUGUUAGCAGGGAUACUCCUCUGGGAAGUCCUGGCGAGUCUGCGGCGAGAGAGAGUCCGGCUGGGUUUUCCGUUGUGGAUUUGAGGACACCCGCAAGGAGUACGCAUCGGGAAGAGCAUGUAUAG